GAGGUUGGUAGCUUUUCGUCACUUGUUCUGUCACAUGAUAAAUACUGCCUUCGGUAAAAAUCAAUUUAUUCGUAAAUUCCAGUAAUUUAAACUCAGUUUAAUAUUAAUACAAAAAAAUGGCAAUCUGUGGCCCCAAAUUAUCCUUAUGCGGUUUAAUAAUCAGCGUUUGGGGCGUUAUACAACUGGUUUUCAUGGGAAUAUUCUACUAUUUUCAUUCGGUGGCCCUUGCUGAAGAUCUCCCCGAGUUUGAGCAACCUGAUACCAAAAACGUUGAUGAAUAUUUAAAAGCAUUUUAUGCUGACAUUGAUAAGGGCUACACCCAGAAUGCCUACAAUUGUUGGAUUGCCGCCCUGUUGUAUCUUGUCACCAUGUUCGUGUCUGCACAUCAAUUCUGGGCCAACAACCGUUCAUCCCUAAGUGUUUAAAGUAGAUCAAAUCUUUUGUUUUGACCAUUAUUUAGUAUUUUGUCGUUUUGACAUUCCUGUACAUUGUAUAUUUUUAAGUUAAAAUCAAUUGUAGGUAUAAGCAUUAAAAGAUGUAUGAUAAUUAUUGUACAUAUAAAUUAAAACCUCACAAAAUAUUUAUUUUUUAUUGUUAAAUUUUGUUAGUAUGCCAAGGUUGUUUAAUAAAAACAGCUUUUGGGUUGUUUAUAAAUAAUUUUUAAUGUGGAAAAUAAAAACUUUACAA